AUGACAAACAACGGACGGCUCCGAUAUAUUCGUACCCGUAGAUUCGGGGUCUUGGAUUCCAGAUUGCCGCCGCCUCCUUCACCCGAGGCUGCGACAACAACGGUGGGCUGCCGUGGAGUGGACCUACUCAAAACACCCCUACCCGUACUGGAAUUGUCCAACGUCCUGUUGCACGCGCAGCGCCACCGGACGGAUCAGGUUCGAUCCCAGUUCGACGAAUUCCUCCGUACGCAUGGAUUCGUCUUUCUGACCGCACCCCAGUCAUCCCAGCCUGGUCGAAUCAUUCGUGACCUCCGAGACACUGUCCAUCACGACUUGUUUCCCAAUCAGCUUGAAAAGAAUGAUGAAUUGCCGACUUCGCAGAAUAUCUAUUGGUCGGAAAAGAAUAUUCCCAUGUACCGUCUCGGCUACGAGUUUUGCGAAGACGGAAUGCGGGAAGUCUUUCGCGUAGCGGCGGGUCGAGUCGACGAUCAACCGUGGCCCGACGCAGGUGGUCGAGCUAGAUCCACAACGCUUCGGGCCUUGGGCUUGGUUCGACACGUGUGUGAUACGAUAUUGGACCUUCUCCUCUCCGGACAGCAAACAAAAAUACCCAUAGAAGCCGGUGCCAAAUCCAAAGACAUGGCUGUACGAAAACCACGUCCUGGAUCGGGUAGUUCCACUUGGUGGUCACCACACGGCCAAUCCCCGUCGUACACGAAACAACUGGUCGGCACCAUUCCGGAUCGGGACGAAGAUUAUUCGGUCUGGUACGCCAUGCACUAUUUUAACACAACACCUUUGCGAGGAGAAACUAUCGUAACGCUCAAGGCACACGUUGACCCCAGUCUCCUCGUUGUGGAACCGUUCUUGUGUCCCUACACCCGGGGACUGCAGGUUUGGAAUCGUACUACGGGCACUUGGAUGGAUGUAGACGGUCCUGCUUCGCCCGUGUCGAGCUUGUGGGAAACCGGACAGGAAGUCAUGCUUUUAUUUGGCGGCAAGGCCUUGGGGGCCGCGUGUAAUUUGGAACCGACCUUGCACCGGGUAGUGCUCGGGUCGGAACCCCGAUCGACCGUCAUCUACGAACAAAAGUAUGGUGAACUUUUUCCGCCACCAAUCUCAGACUAA